AUGUGACUUUUGAGAAGUUUUAUCAAUGUUUUAAAUGUAUCCUUAUCUGCGCAUUGAAAUGGCGCAAAUUCGUAUAAAAAGCACGAAUUUUCAGCUGACGCGCGCAUUUGCGCGUUUCCAUUUGUUAAAUUUUUAAAUUUUAUUUGAUUUUUACGGGGGGUGUAUGUUGUGAUUUAUUUAUUAACCAUUUAUCAUUGUUAGGCAUGUAGACAAAUUUCCAGUUAUCGCAAGAGUUGUCUCACUUGUUCAGAACACGAAGAAUAACAGAAUAGAGAAUGAACAUGUCUCUGAAAAUCGUUGUGGUCACCGCUUUGAUGCUUUUGGCAGUGAGUGCAGGUCUUGGAAUAGAGAAAGCGUGUGAACAAGGAUUUUCGCCGUGCUCGAACGGUGAAUGUGUCGAAGAUGCCUGGGUAUGUGAUGGGGAACAAGAUUGUAGUGAUGGGUCAGACGAAAAAAACUGCUCAGAGUGUCAAGAAGGAUUAUGGUUGUGCUCGGGCGAUGAGAAAUGUAUCAUCAAUGCCUGGGUAUGUGAUGGAGCAGACGAUUGUGAUGAUGGGACAGACGAAUCAACUGCAACCUGCUCUCCUGCAGCUCCAGAUUGUAUUGAAAAUGACGGAUCAGAGUACAGGGGAAAGGUAGCUGUCACAAAAUCAGGACGCAAAUGCCAGGGAUGGGACUCUCAAUCACCUAACACACAGAAUUUUGGAUCCAAGCAAGAAUACACUAGAUUAGGACUGCAAGAGAACUAUUGCAGAAAUCCAGACGGUGGCUCAGGCCCCUGGUGUUAUAAUGGCGAGCUGGAACUGUGCCUCGAUGGGAGUACUGUGAUACACCUACAUGUGGUAAUUAACUGUGGUGAAUUUUUUGCACAAGGUCAUCAGUAAGCCAGACAACUAAAAAGGAGCUGAUGUACAAGAAGUUCAAACGAAAAGGAUUAUAUAAUUUAAAUUUAGUGACUGAAAUUUGCAGCAACUGGACUGUUUAAGUUUUUUUUGAACUUCAUUGUUUUCAUAUUAUAAAGUCUUUAUGCAUAUAAUUUUUUGGAGCAUCAAACGUCUUUAAAUCAGGAUAUACGCAUAUUAUUAUUAUAUAUGUUUACUAGUAUGUUAUUUAAUAACGUGAGAUACUCGUAAAAUAUUUAUUUCAAAUAUUCAAGAACGUCGACGAUUUCAACGAUCGGCGCGUUUUGGUAAUAGUAGAUUAUAAACCUACAAGUACAAUAUGUUAUACUACCUUAUGAUAUAUUUUAAUUUGUCUUAAAA